AUGUCUAAAAGAACUCAGCCAAACUGGUCAUCGCCGUCUGCAGUAAAUAAACGACCAGUGUUGAAAUUGUACAACAGCCUAACGCGCCAAAAAGAAGAAUUUAUCCCCUCUAAAGGAAAUAAAGUUAGUUGGUAUAGCUGUGGGCCUACUGUUUAUGAUGCCUCCCAUAUGGGACAUGCCAGGUCAUACAUAUCUUUUGAUAUCUUAAGAAGAAUCAUGUCAAAUUAUUUUGGAUAUGAUAUACUUUAUGUAAUGAACAUUACUGACAUUGAUGAUAAAAUAAUAAAGAGAGCAAGACAAAAUUAUUUAUUUGAAAAAUAUAUAUGCGAGACAAGGUCUCUUAGUGAUACUAUUGAUGAUGCAGCUGCUGUUGUUGAUUAUUAUGAGCAAGUGGUAAAAGAAACUCUGGAUUUAGAUAAAAAAAAUACAAUGCAAAAAAUGUUAGAUGAUGUUGCUUCUUCUGUCAAAUCUCUGAAAUCAGCUGUAGAAAAGAAAAUUGAUGAAAAUAUCAUGAAAGCUAAAUGUGACUUAUUGAAGUCAGCUAAAGAUCCUAUAUCAGAAUGGUUAGACAAGAAACUUGGAGCCACUGUAAAAGAUAAUGCAAUUUUCACAUCAUUACCAAGGUAUUGGGAAAAUGAAUUUCAUAAUGAUAUGAAAGCACUCAACGUUUUGCCACCUGAUGUACUUACAAGGGUUAGUGAAUAUAUACCACAGAUAAUAGCAUUUAUACAAAAGAUAAUAGACAAUGGCUUGGCAUAUGAAUCAAAUGGUUCUGUCUACUUUAAUGUGAGUGAAUUUGAUGGCAAAGAUAAACAUUAUUAUGCUCGUCUUGUCCCCGAAGCGUAUGGAGACACAAAAUCCUUACAAGAAGGAGAAGGAGAUCUUUCUAGUGAUACGGCUGAGAAGCGAUCUCCAAACGACUUCGCUCUGUGGAAGCGCAGCAAGGCGGGUGAGCCAUCGUGGGAAUCACCUUGGGGAGCUGGAAGACCGGGCUGGCACAUUGAGUGCUCCGCCAUGGCGUCAGAUGUGUGUGGAUCAAAGUUAGACAUACAUACAGGUGGUGUCGACUUGAAGUUUCCACACCAUGAUAAUGAAUUGGCCCAAAGCGAGGCACAUUUCGAUGAACCCGGGUGGGUGAAUUAUUUCCUGCACACUGGUCAUCUAACAAUCGCUGGAUGUAAAAUGUCCAAGUCUUUGAAGAAUUUCGUCACGAUCUCUGACGCGUUAAAGCGGCACACCGCACGUCAGUUGCGGAUAGCAUUUCUGUUGCACGGCUGGAAGGAAACUUUAGACUACUCAGAUAAUACUAUGGAAAUGGCGAUACAGACUGAAAAGUUGUUUAAUGAAUUUUUCCUAACUGUAAAAGAUGCUUUAAGAAGUGGCUACGAGGAGGGAUGUGGAGGCUUGUGGGGUCCCGAGGAACAACACCUCUCUGCCAAGCUAAGUGCCGUGAAGGAUCAAGUGCACGCGGCUCUUUGUGAUAACAUCGAUACUCGUGGCGCGAUAGAUUCGUUACGAGAGCUGGUAGCGGCGGCACACAUUUACUUACGUCAGACCAGCCCUCGCAACUCGCCGCUGCUGGCCGCCUCGGCACGCUACGUUACUGAUAUUUUGCACAUCUUCGGCGCCGUAGAAGGACCAAGAGGAGGAAUAGGCUUCCCUGUUGGGGAUACUGAGGGUAGUUGUUUAGAAGAGGCGGUGCUGCCGUACUUGGAAGCGCUGGGCGGGUUCCGGGCGCGGGUGCGCGACGCGGCGCGUGCGGUGGGCGCGGCCGAGGUGCUCGCGCUGUGCGACGAGCUGCGCGACCGCGUGCUGCCCGAGCUGGGCGUGCGCCUCGAGGACAGAGCCGAUCGCACAGUCGUGAAACUGGUGAGUAAAGAAGAGUUAAUGAAGGAGAGAGAAGAGAAGAAAAGAGCUGAGGCUGAGAAGCAGAAGAAAAAACAAGAACUGUUAGAAGCGCAACGUGCAAAAGAGGAACAGAAGAAAAUUCCUCCAACCGAGAUGUUUAAACGUGAAACGGACAAAUAUUCGAAAUUUGAUGACAAGGGUCUACCUACACAUGACCAUGAGGGCAAGGAAAUGAGCAAGGGCAUGAUAAAAAAACUGCAAAAACUCCAACAAGCUCAAGAAAAGAAAUACAACGAGUACUUAGCUUCCGUUAACAGCUGCUGA